AUGUCAAUCACCCAACGAGCAUGGGGUGUCUGGUCUCGAAAAGGCGUUCUUCGUGGCUGCAUACCGCUGUUUCACGUCCACCGCCAAGAUGAAGCUGCCGCUGCCGGGAUGAGCAUUGACGUCGACGCUGUGGUUGGCGGCAUGACAGAUUUGUACGCGGCGUGCCUCAAAGGGAGGACGACAAUCAUCGAGUUCCUCCUAAAGCAUCGGCCUAACGUUUCCAAGAGCCUAUGCCAACCGUAG